CACCACGAGUGAUGCCCUAGUUACAGAAACUUGGCACAAACCUGUAGCUGACCAAAAAUAUCAACAAGAUCUUAUCACUUUCUUCCUUCACGAAAACUUCAUUUCAUAAACCCUAGUUUCUUCUGAAAACCCUAGGUUCGUUCCAUUUCUCUAACAAGGUUGAUUUUCUGAGUGAUUCUUCUGUUUGAUUAAUCGUGAUUUCGGAACAACUAACUGAUUUGACAAGAAGAAGAGCUCAGAAUUCAUCUGUUUCUUCUAUAAUGUCUGACGACGAAAACAAAGAGGAGAAGGAGUUGGAUCUCACUUCACCUGAAGUUGUUACUAAAUACAAGACCGCUGCUGAUAUCGUUAACAAGGCACUUCAGUUGGUGCUAUCAGAAUGCAAACCUGGAGCGAAAAUCGUAGAUUUGUGCGAAAAGGGUGAUUCCUAUAUUAGAGAGCAAAGUGGGAGUGUGUACAAGAAUGUUAAGAAGAAGAUUGAGAGGGGAGUUGCUUUCCCAACAUGUAUUUCGGUUAAUAACAUCGUCUGUCAUUUCUCUCCACUUGCUAGUGAUGAGACCGUAUUGGUACAAGGGGAUACGAUGAAGAUUGAUAUGGGAUGUCAUAUAGAUGGGUUCAUUGCUGUAGUAGGUCACACUCAUGUCCUCCAGGACGGACCUGUGACCGGUAGGGCAGCUGAUGUUGUUGCAGCUGCAAAUACUGCUGCUGAAGUUGCUUUAAGACUCGUGAAACCAGGAAACAAGAACAAAGAUGUCACGAAAGCUAUUCAGAAAGUUGCUGCUGCAUAUGACUGCAAGAUUGUUGAAGCUGUUCUUAGUCACCAACUAAAGCAGUUUGUGAUUGAUGGGAACAAGGUCAUACUAAGUGUAUCUAAUCCAGAGACCAGAGUUGACGAUGCAGAGUUCGAGGAGAAUGAAGUGUAUGCAAUUGAUAUAGUUGUCAGCACAGGGGAGGGCAAGCCAAAAUUAGUGGAUGAGAAGCAAACAACCAUUUAUAAGAGAGCCGUGGACAAAAGCUACAGUUUGAAGAUGAAAGCAUCUAGGUUUAUCUUCAGUGAAAUAAGCCAGAAAUUUCCUAUCAUGCCAUUUUCGGCAAGGGCUUUGGAGGAGAAGCGGGCACGAUUGGGUCUGGUUGAAUGUAUGAACCAUGAGCUUUUGCAACCAUACCCUGUUCUUCAUGAGAAGCCUGGUGAUUUUGUCGCCCAAAUCAAGUUUACAGUUCUGUUGAUGCCAAAUGGGUCUGACAGAAUAACAAGCCAUGCUCUCCAAGAGCUGCAGUCCACGAAAACGACAGACGAUGAUGCUGAAAUCAAGGGUUGGUUAGCCCUGGGAACCAAGAAAAAGAAAGGUGGUGGAAAGAAGAAGAAAGCCAAGAAAGGAGGAGAUAGUAAAGCUGAUGAGACGGUGGAAGCUGAACCUAUGGAUGAGACAUCAAAUGCCACUACAUCAUAAGAAGUGCAGCAGCAAUAGGGUAUUCUGAAUUUUUGUUAAGUUAAAUAAUCCUUUUGUAAGUGGGAUGCUCCAGAAAGACGAGGCACCUUUGUCCCAUAUAGCGGUUUAUGUUUGGUCCUUGGACAACGAAUGAUUGUAUUUAGCAGCAGCAUCAUCAUCAACUUAAACUGUGUUUAACAACAUCAACUAACUGUGUUUUGAGCUGUUCUAUUUACUUCAGAUGUCGUCUAAUUCUGUGCAA